AGACAUUGAAAUAGUAAAGCACCUCACCACCUUUCCACCUCUCGCUCUCUCUCUCUCUAUCUCUCGCCUGCCUCGCCUCUUCUGCUUCACUCCUGUCCGUUAAAUCUCCGGUUCAAAUGGUAGUCGCCUCCGCCACUCCUCCGCCGGCCACCGCCGGCCGCCAAAGGCAACACCCUCCAUACAAAGAGAUGAUAGUGAGAGCCAUCAAGUCGCUGAAGGAGAAGCGCGGAUCGAGCGCCAGAGCCAUCGGCAAGUUCAUCCGUGACACCUACUCUGACCUCCCUGGAAGGCAUGCCGCCCUUCUCAAGCUCCACCUCCGCCGCCUCAGGAGCCAGGGCGGCCUCCGCAUGGUCAAGAAGUCCUACAAGAUCUCUGCCUCCGGCCCCGAGUCCCCUGCAGCUGGCGAGAAGCGGAAACGGGGUCGCCCUCCCAAAACCGCCGAAGCGGCGGCGGUGGAUGGUAAGCGGAAGCGCGGUCGGCCCCCUAAAGUCAAUGCGGCAGCUCCUGCGUCGGGUUCUGGUGCCACGGUGUCGACCCCGAAACGGAGGCCCGGCCGCCCUCCCAAAGGCGGAGCGACGGCUUCCCCAGCUCUUCAGAAGCGGAAGCCAGGUCGGCCAUCAAAAGCAUCUUUGGCGUCAGCUCAAUCCGGCGAAACGCGGAAGCGGGGUCGGCCGCCGAAAGCAUCGGUGGCCGCAGCCCAAUCGGGUGGAACGCGGAAGCGUGGUCGGCCACCCAAAGCGGCCACAAAAGAUGCUUCGUCUGCCCUAAAGCGGAAGCCCGGUCGCCCACCGGGAAGCGCGGCUUCCACACCGAAACCGGGUGGGGCGCCCCAAAAGAGACGCGGCCGCCCCAAGAAGACGCAGCCGCUCGAUCAGCAGCAGGGCGUGCCAUCGCAGAAUAAUGUGGCAAGGGGGACGGAGACGGUGACGCCUACCGAGAAGCGGCGUGGGAGGCCUCCCAAGAAGAAGGUUUCGUGAGCAGCUGCGGAAGAGAGAGGAGGAACUGAACAAGAGCAGGAAGGUUUGAAUCCCUCUUCUCUGAGCUAAUGCACUAACACUUAGUUGUUUGAUGCUUAAUUGUGGUUCUUUCGGUAGCAUGCCAAGACAUUAGGCAGAUGUCAUGUUGAUUUAAUGCUUGUUUUGUGGAUCAUAAUUCUGAAGCUAAUUAACACUGUAGAAGGUAGUUGUAUUGAAUUCAGCUUGAUGAAAAAUACAAACUCGAUCAUAAUUUACUUGUUUGGAGUAUUUUAAGGCA